CCUGUUUCCCUCAGAACAGGUUUGUGCUGUGGCUGAGGGAUAUGAAGACCGAAGAGACGGUAGGUGUAGGCACCUGACGCUUUUUCCUCAGUGACAAAAUGGACUCUUUUAAAGUACCGUGCCCUCAUCAGAGGGUUCCUGUUGAGACGGAUGAGAGCAUGACAUCCACCAAUCUAGACUGGCCUCCAGCUUGCAAACAGUGCAGUGAACAUACAGAGACCAGCGGACGCCUGCAGAAACAUAGCUAUGGGCAAGAAACAGCACACAACGUUGGCCGGUGGAGACACCCUGAUGGCCAGCAUCAACAGGAACCAGGAGCAGCCUGUCACGUUGCCGCCCAACCUUGUUUCAUCCUCCCUACACGCUCAGGACAGAUGAACAGCCUCCUCCCUCGAGAUGUUUGGCUUCAGGUUCUCAGAGAGCAGGCGCCGUUGUAUGAACGGGAUCCCAUGGGGGACUACGGUGGAGGCUUUGCUGGCCCUUCAGACUGGCCCCAUGGUCACUCUGUGGAGGAGGCGGAACCCUUGGAGCCCCCUUUCUCACUCAAGUCCGUUAACAGCCCCCACUAUGUCCCUUCACAAUACCCAGCAGCACGUAUGAACGGUCCAAAUCCGAUGCAGGGGGGUCCUGUCAGACAUUGCGCGUGCUGUCCUCCAGCAGAUCUGCCACGUCACAAUUAUAAUUAUUAUCCUUAUAACCAUGGUUACCCAGCGGAUCCAUGCGACGAGCCUCAACGCUACCAACAGUCACGGAAUCCCCCCCAUGAGAGGCUGCAACUUAAAGAUGCUCCAAAUACCCGCUAUGGAUCUGUGCCUCAGCACGUGGGCCCUCCUAGAGAAGUGAUGCACGAGGUCAGCGUGUGCCGCUCCCUCCAGGAGGGUCCAGGGCUGGCCACGAAGGAGAUCAGGAGGACCAUCAGCCUGUCUGAGGAGUAUAGGAAUGUUUUCAUCACAUAUUCCGUGGACACAGCAGCAGAAAUCAUUCCUUUCACCAAAUUUCUGACUGAUCAGGGGUUCAAACCAGCAAUUGACAUCUUUGACAAUCCGAUCCGAAGAAUGGGCAUCAACAAAUGGAUGGACCGCUUUUUGAAUGACAAAUCGGUGCUCAUCAUCGUGGUCAUCAGCCCCAAGUACAAGGAGGACGUGGAGGGAGAUGGAGACGACGAGCACGGCCUGCACACCAAGUACAUUCACAAUCAGAUCCAAAAUGAGUUCAUCCAACAAGGCUGCCUGAACUUCAGACUGGUACCCGUGUUGUUUCCAAAUGCAACCAAGGGACAUGUCCCCAACUGGCUCCAGAGCACCAGGAUCUACAGCUGGCCCCGGGACACACAGGACCUUCUGCUGCGCCUGCUCAGGGAGGAGCGCUACAUCAUCCCACAGCGGGGGGCUGACCUCACUCUCACUGUUCGGCCCCUCUGAGAAAAUCUGUAAAGGGACAGACACGUGUGGAAAAUAGGACAUUUUGAAAAGACAUUGUUCCUUUUGUCAGAGCCAUUUUGUUUCAUAUGCUUUAAGGAGGACUGUUAAUACGACAACACUUUAGUUUUUAAGAGUUUCCCUUUUGUCGCUUGUUGCCGUUUUCUUUUGACAUAUGAUUCAUUUUAACAGUGUUUCUAAUCCCAGUACAUACUCUGAAUAACGAUCAAUCCUCUUCCUUGAUGAGAACAUUUGAAAUAAGAAAGAAAAGUUUGAUUUGGGGCAGCGGGACACUGCUUUAUUAACACAUCACUAUACAAAGUGGGUUUACUCUGUGGGUUUGUCACUAUGAGCGACCCUUUAUACAUUCCACACAGCCAUUCAACCCGCUGUUAAUAUGAAAAUAUUCAUCAGUGCAGCUUUAAAGAGAGACGUUUAAUUAUGGUGACCAUUAAAUGGAAGUUGUAAAUGCUAAAAGCAGGAAACUGAUGUAUCCUGAAAUGGAAUAUGAUAAGCAGAGUCAGGGUUGGUAAUCUACAAAAAAUAAAUUGACUUUAUGCCCAGAUCUAUCGACUUUUGUAACCAGUGCUGCUAACUGCUUUCAUAGGAAAAGAGUUGGCAACACUGGAUUGGCCUUUUUUUUGGUUGGGUACUUUCAAAAGCUAGCUCACUCUUGCUUGUUUAUCAAGAUUAGCAAUGCUAGCUUUAAUUAAGCAAUGCCACUUUAAAAUGUACUUUUAUUACAGACUUGAUUGAUUAAAUUGAGGUUUUAUUAUUUAA